CUGCUAUUUGUACCUCUAUACAGGUUAACUGUUGAAGCAAUGAAUUCCUUGCUUUCAACUAUAGGGCGUUUCUAACAUAUUCACCCCGACUCCCUAUACUCUUGCUUAUAAAAUUCCAUUCUUGAUUUGCUUGCUCUUCCAGCAGAGCAUCAAUUAUCUGUUAAUGGCUUCCUCUUCGACAUCUGGUCGAAGAGAACAGGAACGCGAUCCAUUUUUGGCACUUGAACCUCCCAACAAUAUGAUAAAAUCGUCCUUGUCUUCAAAACAGUAUGAUGUGUUCAUCAACCAUCGAGGCCCAGACAUCAAAACAACUCUGGCUCAGCAGCUCUACGAUUUUCUACAGCAAGCUGGGAUCCGGGCAUAUCUAGAUCUUCAAGAAACCGAACUGGGAGAUUAUUUUCCUUGUGCCAUAAAGAAUGCCAUAUCCUCUGCCGUAGUGCACAUAGCCAUCUUAUCACCGCGAUAUGCAGAGUCUGCUUGGUGCUUAGCUGAGCUAUCUUUAAUGUUUCAAACCAAAGCUAGAAUCAUUCCCCUGUUUUACCAUGUUCAGCCUUCAGAUUUCCGUUACAUAAAAAAUGGAGUUGCAGAUGCAUUUUCCAAACACGAAGAGAAGAGCAGAUAUCCUGACAAUGACAUUCAACGGUGGAAAGAAUGCCUACAAAACGUUUCAUGGCUCAAGGGCUACGAACUGAACGGACAGAACGACCAUAGUAAGCUGUGUAAAGACAUUCUGUCCGCCGUGGUUAAAGACAAGCAAAAGAAAAAAGUUCCUUUCCAAGUUGCAAAAUAUGCUGUGGGACUUGAUGAACUUGUGAAAGAUUUCCACAGCCAUUGCCAGAGAAAUGGGCAAAUGAGAGAUAAAAUAAUUGGCAUCUUUGGAAUGGGAGGUUCUGGCAAGACCACUCUCGCCAAAGAUUUGUUCAAUCGCAAACAUUCAGAAUUUAGUGGAUCAACUAUUCUGUUUGAUGUGCGGGAAAAUGAUAUCAAAGGUACGCUCACUUCUCUGCAAAGUAAGCUUCUCAAUGAUCUGUUUCCUAGAAAUCAUCCUUCAUUUUCUAGUAUACAAGAAGGAAUCCCUGUUAUCAAGGAUAACCUUGAAAAGAGUCCAGAAUCAAAGUUCCUUGUUGUUCUAGACGAUGUUGAUCAUCAGAAGCAGUUAGAUGCCCUAUUACCCAUAGAUGUCCUCAAUUCCAACAGUUCAGUGAUUGUCACAACUCGUGACGAGAGGCUCCUUAUAAAGGCCGGAGUGAUAGUCCGUUAUAAGAUGAAAGAAAUGAAUCCAGAGCAUAGCAGAGAGCUCUUUUGCUGGCACGCGUUUCAUAGACAAUCUUGUAGAAGUGGAUUUGCUGAUUUGGUAAAUGGCUUUGUUGAAGCAUGUGGAGGUUUACCUCUUGCUCUUCAAGUUAUUGGCGGGCAUGUUUUUGGCGGUGACAAGGCUUAUUGGAAGUUACAGUUAGAUUUUGUGAAGGGAAGAAUACCCAAAGACAUAAAAGACACGCUUAAAAUAAGCUGUGAUGCUCUGGAAGAGGAUGAAAAACAGAUAUUUAUGGAUAUAGCAUGCUUUUUUAGAGGAGAAGAUGUGAGCAGGGCCAUAAGUAUAUGGAAGGCUUCAGGGUGGAGAGCCGAACAUGCACUUCAGACCCUCAAAGACAAAUGCCUUGUAGAAGUGCAAACUUGUUUUGAUUGGAUGAAUAUAGAAUGUGAUUAUGAGCCAACAUUUACUUUGAGAAUGCAUGAUCACCUCCGGGACUUGGGGAGAGAAAUGGCAGAUAAUGAAAUGAGCCAUCCUCGUCGACAAUGGCAUCCUGAAGAUCUUAUUGGAAUAGGUGAAAUCAAGGGAUUCCAAGAGAUCCAUACUGGGUCCGAAGGUAAAAGUUUCAGAUGUUCCAGUCAUCUGGACGACCAUGAAAAUAAUAUUCAUAUGGCAUAUUUUCUGGAGAGUUCAAAGACAUCAACUGAUUUACGAUGGCUUAAAUUUGACUACCGUAGUUAUUGUUUAGGGUUUAUUUCUGAAUGGAUUCCUCCACAAAAUUUGCACACAUUAAGUCUUCCUCUACAAAAUUUGCACACUUUAAUUCUGGAAGGAGUAUCACCUGCGAGGCUGUGGCAAAGGGAAGAGCAGGUUCCACUCAAGUUGAAGGAGCUCUCUUGCAGCUUUGAGGUUGUGUAUUCACCAGGCAUUCCAUCUACCAGCUUUGAGGAUCUGUAUCUUUAAGACUUCAAUCAACAUAUGCUUAUGAGCGAUAUAAACGAAAUGGUGAGAUCGUUUCGAAUUUUCAAACAUCUGGAAAGUCUGCAACUAGUGUUUGGAUCCGAAAUCUUCAGAUCGAAUAUUGAAUGGAACUGCUUGCUAAAAUCUGUAAGAGAACUCACCAAUCUGCAGACUUUAAGGUUGAAAUACUUUAAGGUAGAAGGGGAAUUCGCUUUAAGCAACAGGGGAGAGACAACUGAUGAUCGGUUUCGAAUGAGAAGCCUUGAAGCCAUAACUCUGUGUAGUGCAUUGGAAACAAAGGUCUCAAUUAGUGGACACUUCUGUCCCGCCCUUAAAUCUCUCAAGCUUUGUUCUAUGAAAGAUCUAAUUGAAGUGGAUUUAACAGGGCUAAACACACUGGAAUGUCUGGUAAUGUUGAAAUGUGGACAGUUGAGAAAAGUAUUGGCCAAUGAUCUGCCAGAACUUGAAACAUUCCGCAUAAAAUUAUGCCGGAGUAUUAGAGAGUUGCCAAAUUUUGGGCGUGUCAGCUCUCUCAAGAGGAUCUAUAUUAGCCACUGUUGGAACCUGCAGGACAUAUCAGCUAUUGAAGGGUUGAAGGGAUUGAAGAGGAUCUGGAUUGCUUAUUGUCCAGAGCUGAAGAGUAUCAAAGCUAUCGAACAAUUGAAAAGAUUGAAGAGAAUCUGGAUUGAGGAGUGUCCAGAGCUGGAGGGUGUAAUUUGUUUUAAAGAAUUGAAGGAAUUGAACAGAAUCUUCAUUGGGCAGUGUCCAAAGCUGCAGAAUAUACAAGGCAUUGAAUUUUUAAUAGGCCUGGAGAGCAUUAUCAUUGCUCAAUGUCCGAAGCUGCAAAAUAUAACUGGUAUUGAAGAAUUGAAAGGAUUGAAGGAGAUGAUUAUUGCAAAUAGUCCUGUAAUAAGUUGCGUUGAAAGGUUGCAGAGAUUGCCAUCGGAGCUUACAAUUCUAGUGGGGAGAUCGGCCCUAACAGAUUUAACUGCAGAUGAAGAUGGUCUAGAGAGAUCGCCCCCGUCAUAUUUUACUGCAGAUAAAAUUGGCGAUACAUUGUCUUUGGCGGAUGGUUUCUGCCAAAUGGAUUGUUUUUGCGAUGAAGUAGAGGAGAUGAUCCAUUCUUCGUUCAGUACAUUCAUCUUUUGCGCUGUGCUUGAUAGGUAUCCUCGUGAAACGUGUAAUGGAACCAGCAUAAUGUUCAAGAGCCUUGUUAGCCAACGACCAAUUCCAUUCUCACUCUCUUUUGGUGAUGGAUGGAUGAUAUAUAUCUGUGUGUUUAAUGAAGAAAGGUUCACAGAAUAUGGCUCCUGGAUGCCACUAAAAUAUGAUAUAGAGAAGGCGUUUUUAAUGGGAGUGAAGGAAGGCGAAGAAAGGAAAACCCUCCACAUAUUGCAAAGCUUAUCUGCUCAACUAAGCAUUGACAAUGGCGAUUAUGAUGAGGGGAAUGGAUCGGCCCAAAUUAAAAACUAAUCUCAUGAAAGAAAAAAGUAGUGAUUAUUCUGAUAUUAUAUUGGACAUUCCGGAAGUUGAUUUUGAUUAUGAUGAUUUGGCUGGCUAUGUUGCUAGCGACAAUCUUGAGGAGGAGGACAAUCUUGAGGGCGAUCUUGGUUGUGAUGAUUUUGUUUUUUAAGUUGAUGAUCAUGAAGAAUAUGAUGGUGGUGAUAGACGAUGAUGAUUAUAAUGAUAUAUUUUGUCGAGAUUGGGGUUUGUGGAGAAGGGCCGCGAGAUAGGGGAAGGAAGGAUUAAUUAAUUAGCUCGCUAGCGCUACUAUUCCAAUGGGCGCUUCCGAACCAUAAUUUCGACCUCUUGAAGCCCACCCAACUCCACCAACUACUCUAUUUGAGAAGAUUUCAUCGUUCCCAUGCCUCGAACUUCGAUGAUGCAUGUCACCAAAAAAAUUGAAUUGGACAUUGUAUGUAAAUUGAUUUUUUUACUAGUUAUUUUUAUUAUAUUUAAAAAAUUAGUAUUAAUACAUUUAAUUAUGCUAGUGUAAUAAUUGUACCCCAUUUACUACUAUUUUUUAAUUCAAUUAUCAAGAACUAUCAACUUAACCAAUCGAGCAUCUUCCAUCUAGCUUGGAAGUGCCAACAUCAUAACUUAUUCAAGCACUAGGGUGGUGACAACUAUAUGUUGCCACAAACAU